CAAGUCAAAGCAAUGCGCCCAUGAAUAAGGCAGCUUUACUUAAAGUGGGGAGUCCGAAUUGAAUAGUUCAGGUCAAAGUGAAAGUAAAAGGCUAAUCAAAUGAAACUUUUGAUUAAAUAAUUCCCCCAUUCUGCUGAAAUGUUAUGUAAAAAAAAUUGUUAAAAAAAAAAAUUGUAACGGAUGUGAAAAGUGUUAAAUUGUGUAACAAAUGAAUGAAACGUGUGCUCUGUGAAGAAAUUACAUACAUAUGUAUAUAUAUAUAUAUAUUGCGAAAAAUGUAUCCUAGUGGAACAAAAAAAUAGAGGUCAAAGAAUAGGCAUUGAUUUUACAAAAUACCUAUUAUUCAACUCUUCUAUUUGCCAAGUUGUAGAAUAAAAUUUAGGAAAAAGGAUAUGAAUGUGUCAUAAGUCAAUACCUGAAAUCGGCAAAAUGUAUAGCCUGAAAUAUUACGAGAUGAUAAACCAUUGCACUCCCCCACAGGGGUGCUCCUGAAACUAAAAGUGAUUGCUACAUACAUACGAACAUACGUAUGUAUAUGUACGAGUUUAAUAAGUCACUUUGAGUAUCGGAAUUUCAUGUACGAGUACAAUACGAGAAUGUAGGUAGUGUCAAAAGUGGUUUGCGCUGCAUUCGACAUACGUUGUGGCUGUGUUUGUGUGUGGGCUUGAAAGAAAAAUAUGGCAAUAUGAAUUGUGUGCGUAUGUAAUUCACAUAAAAAUAUACAUAUGUAUAUGUAUAUAUGUAUGUACUCGCCACCACACAGAUAUACUUGAGAGGAUGUGCAUGUGCUGUUCGUGAUGACGAAGAAAGUGAAUAUGCAUCACACGCAUUCAAUGAAAACGAAAACGAAAACACUUACAUAAUCAAAUAAAAAUAUAUUUAUACGUGUGCACAUAUGUAUGUUAUAGCGAACGUACUUAUAAUUUCAUAAAUAAUUUUGAAAUAAAGUAAAAUCAUGUACCUGUAUGAAAUUCAACGAAGAAUCCAACAAAAUAAAUUCGAAAAAAAGUACGCGUCCAAUGGAAAUUCGUAAAUGCAUGUAAAUUUGUGCUUGCAUUUGAAAUAAAAUUAUUAUAUUUCGUAUAUAUAAAACGUAAAAAAUCAAUUGCUUUGACGGAAAUCAUAAACGAGUGCGCGAAUAGUGCAAGUGUGAUAGUGGGUCGAGAGAUUUGUGUAAUACAGGGAAAUUGCCAACAAUGUACGUUAUAUAAUUAUUACUGCGCGGACUAUACCACACUUUAGUUACCAUACAAUACAAAUGUACGUUCAAAAUGGCUUUUUCUUUUCACAGACGUUAAACAGCAUUUAAAUGGAAUAACAACUAAUUAAGUAGUUUACGUAUGAUUUCUAUAUUACAUACAUACAUAAUAUAUCAAACUGAACACAAUUAAUGAUAACGGUUAAAUACUUACAUAGUACAUAUGUACGUAUAUGUAUGUGCAUAACAAAUAUUGAUAGAGAGUACGCCAAUUUUCUCAACUGAACUCUUACUUAUACAUAUACAUAAGUGUUACUGUAGUUACUAGCGACAUCGAUACUCUAUCUCUGCCUAUUUAUUUAUUGUUAAUACAUACUCGUAUGUACAUUCCAUAGAAGUUAAAGUGCUAUUGUACCUACACAUCUACUAUAAUACAUAUAUAGUAAAGUAACAAAUCUACACACAAAUACGUCUAGUUUACAUUAGUUUUUCGUACUGUACCCACCAAAUCCACAAUAGAAAAAGCAACGAAAAAUCCUUAUAGCAAAUAUCACUAUACACCGAAGGAAGCAGCAAAGCACUUUGGAAACCGGGGUGCAAGGUUGAAUGAAAUUAGUUGCAACAGCCACCCAGCCACCCAGCCACGAGCCACCUAGUCAACCACCAUCCACCCACCACCCACCACCUUUAAACUAAAAGAACUGAACUUCUGCAUAAGCAUAUAUACGUAGAUACUACAUAUGUAUGUGUGCAUGCACACAUGAUUAGUUUCACACAUAUGUGCAUUCAUACGCGCUGCAUGCACUUGUAUACGAGUGUGAUGUACGUACAUGUGCCUGUGUAGGAAUAGUGAGGAAGUCAAAAACUUUCGCCGACGUAUUAAUAACAGAAAAAGGGGAAUAAACAAAGGUAUGGUGACAGACAGUGCUGGCAGUGUGAUCCCGUAGACAGAGUGUUCACACUGCAUUUUUGUGAGGGGAAAAUGCACGUAAAACAUACUCAGCGCAGAGUUAGCGGACCUGGAGCAUUCGGAACAUCCAACAAUCAAUGCGAUAGCAGAGAAAACUUGAACAGCGAUCAACAACAGCAACAGACUCCGUAUCAACAACAUCAGCAGCGUCUGUAUCAGCAACAGCAACAGCAGCAUAGACAGCAACAACAUUCACAGCCGCAUUUAUUGCGACAGUCUCUGAUCAACCUUACGGGCGCGCACAACAUCUCCUAUAAUAUCGGUGUUUCGAACACAUCCGAACAGCAGCGAAAUACUACUAGAAGUGGUGCUGUUGCGCCAUCGUCGUCGUCCCUCAACUACCCCAACACUAAUACCAACACCAACACAAAUAGCAGCGCAAAAGCUAGCACUUUACACAAAUUCAUUUCCUGUAGUUGUGAAUCACUUAAAUGUGCCGCAUCAGCUGUUGCGGCUAAGACAUUGAUUAAACGGCCAGGCCACAGUCCUGGCGAUCCCGAUAGUGAAUCAUUGAUCGAUAGUCAAAACGCCGACUAUACUGAAUAUAACGUUGCUUAUUUGAGUGUUGGGCUCACUGGGCACAGUGCGGGUUGCAUCAGUGGUGGAGGUGGUGAUGACCAGCGCUCACUGCAAAGCGAACAUCUAUCGAGUCGCCUCAGCAACGUUUCCAAGCAGCAUUCGUAUGACAGCAGCUGUAGCGGGCAGCUGCACGGUCUGACCUUAACCGCCCGAGAGCGCAAUAAUCAACAUCAGCAGCAACAAUUGGACUGUACUGCCAAUUCGACACGAGUGCCAAACAGUCCGAUUAGUUGCACCAACAGUAAUUACAGCAAUCAGAGUAACAUCAGUGCGAGCACAGGUGGAGGAGGAGGUGGUGGUGGAGGCGCCGGUAUUGGAGACGGAGAACGGGAAGGAGACGGUGGCCCAUCCACCAUAUGCGACGUAUACAAGGACUUCACCCGUUACACAGCCACCAACAGCAAUCACACAAGUUAUGUCAACGAUAUCAAUGAUGACUUCAAGCACAUAGUCGUUCACAAUUUCAGCAAUUCCGAUCCAAUAACUCGUUACAACACCCUAGGCGGCGACAACGCUGGUGACGGUGACGCCAGCAUCAACGAUACAACUGGCACAUACUACUCACCCCUCAAACCCCAUUACAGUGAUUGUAAUAUAUAUGCGAAACAGCAGGCAGAAUAUUUUUCGAAUUUAAAAAGUGAUCGGCACGCGCAGCACAGCGAUAAACAGCAGCUUGUCAAUAAGGCAUACAUAUUCAAGUGUCUCGCCAACAGCCCAUCAUUCCUCAGAUCCAACAAGAUCAAGGAGCAAUCGAAAAAGCUUCGCAAUUUGUCGCUUAAAAAUCGCACGGCAAAAAAGAAAGGGCCAAUUAUAACCAAGUCGAAUGCGGUUUCCGAUAAUUCCCUACAUCCAGGAGACAAAUACCUCAGUUUAUAUCUAGUCGAGAAGAAAAACUCGCAGCAAUAUCAACAUCAUCAACAACAACAACAACUACAGCAAGCACAGCAGCAACCAGGACAGCCAGACACGACUGGCAGUGGAGUCAAUUCGCGACCAUCAAGUUCGCCUCCGGUUGUAUCUGGCAGACAGCAGCAACAGCAGCAGCAACAGUCCGAAAGCCAACAGCACGGAGUUGCAACACUAAGCAGGAAUUUACAACAGCAACAGUGCCUCGUUAACGGUUCGGUGCGAACACAUCCCACAUAUCGACAGCAGUCUUCAAUAAAACGUGAUUCAAAAGAUCGGAGUACAACACUUACGCCGACAGCAUCGACGCAUAGCAAUCCAAAGGUCGUCUCCAACAACAAUAAAAGCUGCAAUCUGAACAACAACAGCAAUAAGCUAAGUGUUAGCACGAAUUCGUGCAACAAACUUCACGUGGCCGCGGCGGGAACACAUCCUUAUGCCACACCGCCCAAGAGUUCGCUAUCGAGCAAUGGACAUUUGAACAAGUAUUGUUUGACGGACAUUAGUCGUCGGCGAAAGGCGGCGUUCAAUCGACAGCUGAGCGCCCCCACCGAUUAUACUCAUUCUUCCAACAACGGCAACGGGAACGGUAACGGCGGCUCAAACUCAGCUGCCGAGGCUGCUUGCGAGUCGACAUCGACAGUAGCUAGUGCAGGCGUGGGCUCAGUGACGGCGAAGACGUCCGUAUCACUACAAAAUUCCGUUCUAAUAAAACCAACAUCCACGUCAAAUUCGUGCACGAACAGCUUCAAUCGGCGUCAUAUUAAGCGACAGAAGAAUACCAAAUUAAAUGAGAGAUUAAUUCAUGGAGACAGUGAGGAAUCUGUACGCUGCUCAUAUUGCUCCGUUUUGAAUGAGAACGAUUUACGUAUAUCUUUCGAAAAUACCUGCACCGAUUCUCUAGUAACAGCAUUCGAUGAUGAGGCUUUAUUAAUAUGCGACCAAGGAAACGAAAUGGCAAGAAUAAAGGUUCACUUUGAUGACGUGUCGUUAUACGGGACUCCGAAAGAGGAGCCAAUGCCUUCCAUCCCCGUUGUUUCGGAAAAAGUUUCUGCGAAUUUCCUAAAAAGUCAAUUGCAAUCAUGGUUUCAACCGACAGACAAUCGGUUGGCUAUGAAGUUAUUCGGCAGCCGAAAAGCACUGGUCAAGGAAAGAAUUCGUCAGAAAACUUCCGGUCACUGGGUAAUUCAUCCAUGCAGCUCAUUCAGAUUUUAUUGGGACCUCUGUAUGCUUUUAUUAUUAGUAGCAAAUCUUAUAAUCCUGCCAGUCGCAAUAUCAUUCUUUAAUGAUGAUCUGAGCACAAGAUGGAUUGCCUUCAACUGCCUAAGUGAUACAAUUUUUUUAAUAGAUAUUGUAGUCAAUUUUAGAACAGGUAUAAUGCAACAAGACAACGCAGAACAGGUUAUACUGGACCCUAAGCUUAUAGCAAAACAUUAUUUAAAAACAUGGUUUUUUCUGGAUUUAAUUUCUUCGAUCCCACUUGACUACAUUUUUUUGAUUUUCAAUCAAGUAAAGGAUUUCUCCGACUCCUUUCAAAUACUUCAUGCGGGGCGUGCUCUACGUAUUCUACGUCUGGCUAAGUUACUUUCUCUUGUUAGAUUGUUGCGGCUUUCAAGACUUGUGCGCUAUGUCUCGCAAUGGGAGGAAGUAUAUAUUCUGCAGAAUCUGCAAAAAAAAAGUGCUGAUCGAAGAGGGAGAAUGCAUAGAAAAGACAAAGAUGGCUUGACUAAAAGCAACCUCAUUUUGAAGUUCCUUAAUAUGGCAUCCGUCUUUAUGAGAAUCUUCAAUCUGAUAUGCAUGAUGCUUCUUAUUGGCCACUGGAGUGGCUGUUUGCAGUUUUUAGUGCCAAUGCUACAAGGUUUUCCAUCAAACUCAUGGGUAUCCAUUAACGAAUUACAGGAGUCAUAUUGGCUGGAACAGUAUUCAUGGGCUUUAUUUAAGGCGAUGUCUCAUAUGCUUUGCAUAGGUUAUGGCAGAUUCCCACCGCAGUCAUUAACGGAUAUGUGGCUGACGAUGCUUUCGAUGAUAUCAGGUGCAACUUGUUACGCACUAUUCUUAGGUCAUGCGACCAAUUUGAUCCAAAGUUUGGAUUCGAGCAGACGGCAAUAUCGUGAAAAAGUGAAACAGGUGGAGGAAUACAUGGCCUAUCGAAAGCUUCCACGCGACAUGCGCCAAAGGAUUACCGAAUAUUUCGAGCAUCGGUAUCAAGGAAAAUUUUUCGACGAAGAAUGUAUACUUGGUGAACUAAGUGAAAAACUGCGAGAGGAUGUAAUCAAUUAUAACUGUAGGUCUCUCGUUGCGUCCGUGCCUUUUUUUGCUAACGCUGAUUCAAAUUUUGUUUCUGAUGUCGUAACGAAACUGAAAUAUGAAGUUUUUCAACCCGGUGAUAUUAUUAUAAAAGAAGGUACAAUUGGAACAAAAAUGUACUUCAUUCAAGAAGGCGUCGUGGAUAUUGUUAUGGCGAACGGAGAGGUUGCGACUUCACUUUCCGAUGGUUCAUAUUUCGGUGAAAUUUGCCUGCUGACGAAUGCAAGGCGAGUUGCCAGUGUGCGUGCCGAGACCUAUUGCAAUUUAUUUUCAUUGAGUGUAGACCACUUCAAUUGUGUUUUGGACCAGUAUCCCUUGAUGAGAAAAACUAUGGAAACAGUUGCGGCAGAGCGUCUAAACAAAAUUGGAAAGAAUCCCAAUAUCAUGCAACAAAAGGAUGAACAAAUCAGUAAUCCGGAAUCGAACACCAUCACCGCAGUAGUGAAUGCGUUAGCUGCCGAGGCAGACGACUGCAAAGACGACGAUAUUGACAUUAAGGAAAAUUUACUUCAUGGGUCGGAGGGCAGUUUUAUGGGGCCAGUGCAAACGAUACGAGAAGGACUGCCUCGACCACGUAGCGGCGAGUUCCGUGCACUCUUUGAGGGCAAUACUCCAUGACACUGAAGCCUCGAGCAAAUGCGUACAUAGCUAGAACAACAAGAUAUGCAAUAACAACUAUUGCAAGUGCAAUAUGGAGGGCGAUCACGACGAGCAACAAUAUGAUAAAGCAUCGGAAGGAUGUACAUACAUGAAACAUAUAGCCAUACUAAGUGAUUGAUCACACAAAGACACACACUUAAACAUAUUGUAGACGUGUACUCUUACUCGUAAUGAUACAACUAAUGUCCUCAGCAAUUAAUCAUAAUUUCAGCUCCGCUAACUGUGAUGACUUUAAUAAUAAGAAUCGAAAUUUGAAAACUGGUGAACUAACUCUACUCCAUACAAAAAUUCAUACAUACACGCAUAAAAAUAACUUAAUACAUAUUAAUUCGGAUAUAAAACCCAUGAUAAUUAUUAUUAAAUAAAAUGUAGUGAAAUAAUGAAAACCAAAAAUAUAUAGUACAUAUGUAUUGUAUAUCUAUAGAAUAUAAAUCACUCGCUAGUGUACAGAUUAUUUAAGCAUAAAAAGACGACGAUGGCGACUCGAAGAGACUUCAAAACAACACUAUAGAAAUAUAAACAAAUUUUGAAAAAAAAAAACAAAAAAAAAAUAUAUAUAAAAGUACAUGAAACAAACCCCUAUCAUACCAAACCAACAAAAGCAAAUUGCAUGUUAGAAAUACGCUGCAUAGCAAUUAAAUAACAUUGCGAUUAUUAUUACUGUUAAAGCCGAAACAAAAAUUAUAAGUUAAAUUAAUUUACACAAUGAAAUAUAUAGUAGUUAUAACGCAACCUGAGCAAGGAAACAAAAAGCAGAAAAUAAAACAUUGAAAAACUUAAUAAAUAAAAGUAAAUAAAAAACUGUGCGAUCGACCAGCGUUAAGCAUACCGAACACAAAAAUAAUACAACCUACCUAAAAUGAACAUACAUAAGUACAUACAAUACGAACCAACCAAAGCAACUAACAUACAUACAUAUACACUUACCUGAAACAAACAAUAACGCUACUUACUUACAUAAAGUAACAGUACAUGGAAUAUAGAGAAGUUUUGUCUUUUUAUAGCAAGCUGUUAUAUUUUUUUAGUUAAAUCGAAAAAUUGCAAGUUGUAUUUGUUUAAACUAAGAUGAGAGAAAAGUACUCUUAGAAACUGUACUCAUAGCAAUGAACAGGAACAGCUAAUAGGCAUAUGAGAGCACAUGAAUACAUAUGUUGAAACAGAUUAAAAUGAACAAAAAGAGAAAAUGAGACAAAUUAAUGAGUAUCUUAGUAUUUUAUUACACGUAAACUAAUAAAACCAGAAGGACAACGUUUGCCUUGAAAC